GAAGAAGCUACGCUCAUAGCCAGCGUCGGAGAUAAUAGCAAGAUCUAUGUGCCGGCCACGUUUAUAUUCGUGCCUAGCAUGCCGGUGGUAGUAACGAAGAAUAUAAACCCAGGCCUUAAGCUCGUGAACGGGGCCAAGUAUAAAGCACUAGAAGUUAUACUAGACUCUAAGAGUUUCCUAGGGUAUCAACUCGCCUCGAAUAUCAUCCUCCACUUUAGACCACCUGCCGGCAUUAUCCUAUCGUCCGAGUCCACUAAGAAGUUCAAGUUUAAUGACAUACCACCAGGCACGGUCCUGCUUACUCCAACAAGUGCCCAGAUACCCAUCGAGAAGAAGAAGAGGGCCAAGAAAAGGCCUUGGCAGAGGCACGAAGUGAGCCGCCGAGGACUUCCCUGCACUGCCGCGUUCGCAUGCACCGAUUACAAAAUCCAAGGCGAAACCCUCGUCGAGAUUACGCUAGAGCUACGAGGAACCGGAACAAAGCUAAAUACGACAACUAGACAACUCGAGCCAGGAAAGUGCGAUCCGUACAGCCUGUAUAUGCAGCUAUCGCGGUGCAAAUCGCUUGAUAGUAUUAUGUUACUAUCAAAGGCAUGGGUGCAGGACAUAGUCGGGAAUAAAAUACCAUAG